AUGGCUCAGGUGGAGGCCAUCCACCCGGUUUGUGCCAUCAUCUCACAGCACAUGAAGGCUCAGGAGCUCUGCAGUCAGACCAAGAAGGAAGAGAGCAAGAACCAAACUGAACAACAGGGCUGCAAGACAGAAUGGGAUGAGAUUCGGUGCUGGCUCAGAGCUGACGUUGGCCAGGUGGUUAACGUGUCCUGUUCAGAAGUUUUCCAGCACUUAUCCAGCAAGCAAGGUUACAUCUACAGGAACUGCACAGCAGAAGGCUGGAGUCACCUGUACCCACCUUAUGAGAAAGCCUGUGAGUUUAAAAAUGUCACAGAGCCUGAAUUGAAGACAACCUACUUCUCAACGUUUAAGCAGGUGUACACAGCAGGAUACGCCACGUCUCUGAUAUCUCUCAUAACUGCUAUCUUAGUCUUCACUUUCUUCAGGAAGUUCCACUGUACCAGGAACUACAUACACAUCAAUCUCUUUUCCUCCUUCAUUCUCCGGGCCAGUGCCGUUUUCAUCAAAGAUGCAGUUCUUUUCUCAGACGAGUCUCUUGACCACUGCCUGAUGUCCACAGUGGCGUGUAAAUCUGCUGUAGCUUUCUUCCAGUUCAGCAUCCUGGCUAAUUACUUCUGGUUGCUGGUGGAAGGCAUGUACCUGCAGACGCUGCUCGCUCUCACCUUCGUCUCGCAGAAGAAGUACUUCUGGUGGUACUUUCUGACCGGAUGGGGUGUACCAUCAGUUGUCCUUAUUGUUUGGGUGUUGGCACGAAAUUUCUACAACAACAGUGGAUGCUGGGAUGACAUGGAUAACACUGGCAUCUGGUGGAUAAUCAAAGGUCCAAUAACAGCAUCCUUGUUUGCCAACAUUAUCAUCUUCCUAAACGUGAUCCGGAUCCUGGUCGAGAAGCUCAAGUCAACCAGUGUAGGAGGCAAUGACACCGGCCAUUUCAUGAGGUUGGCUAAGUCCACAUUGUUCUUGAUCCCUCUGUUUGGGAUGCACUACACCGUGUUCGCCUUCCUGCCGGAGAACACGGGAGAAAUGGCGAGACUCUACAUCGAGCUUGGCCUAGGCUCCUUCCAGGGCUUUGUGGUUGCUCUUCUGUACUGCUUCCUCAAUGGAGAGGUGCAAGCUGAGCUGAAGAGGAUCUUGUGGAAGUGGAAGACCCAGAAUCAACUCAGUCCUGGUAAAAAGCGCCGCGUAACGGUCACUCAGAUUAGCGUACUGGAGAGGGGCGAACCGCAGGCACAUUUCAGUUGCACUAAAGUCACGUCGGUGUGA